AACUCAAGCCAGGUCGCUGAUCGUGAAUAUAGUGUGUAUUUGUGAAGACACACGCCGUGCAUAUGCCGUGGGAAGACAUGAUUUUGUGGGCUGCCGAAGUAUAUCACGUUUGAUAGUACAGAGCCCGAUUGUCAAAAUUAAAUUCGACCAUCGUAUCCAGGAUCUGGGUGAUACAGAUGAUUGAUUAUGGAUUUGAUGCAGCGAUCUUGAAGGUGGCAUGUUUGUUCACUUCCUUCCUUCUACUGGCUGGAGGUGUCAGCUCCCAAGCCCUAGAAAAUUUCUCGUGGGACUAUUCGCCAAUCCUGAGCGACACCCGCGAUCAAAAUAUCCUGUUCUCUGACCUGCCAGGCUUCACCCGCAGCACGUACAGGAGGGACCACGCCCUGAUCACGCCUGAGAGCCGAGUGUGGGCGGGACAACCUGGCUGGGUGAAUGCCACCACAGCGCACCUCAUCUCACCCACGGCGGCCACGGGGGCCAACUUUGUGAUGUUCCUUGCAAAGCUGGCGCCUGAGGGGAGUGCAGGCGCCCCGCCAAAGGGCAUUGAGAGGUUCAUCUUUGUUUUGGAUGGGUUGGUGGACGUGGCGGUGGGCAGCGCAAAAUCCGGAGACGAGCUGCAUGCGGACGAUUACGCAUACUUCCCUGCAGACACCCCGCACAGAAUCUCCUCUGUGCACGGCGCCGGCCUGCUGGUGUUUGAGCGGCGUUAUGCGCUGCCUGGCCGGAAGGCCGCCUUCCAGAGGGGAUCCACCCAGUCGCAGCCAAUCCUGCCCUGUGCAGGAGAGGUGUUCCUGCUGCGGAAGCUGCUGCCGCAGACGGGGGACUAUGAUUUUAAUGUGCACGUGAUGGACUUUGCCCCGGGGGAGUACUUAAAUGUGAAGGAGGUGCACUACAACCAGCAUGGCCUCCUGCUGGCGGCCGGGCAGGGUAUCUACCGGCUGGCUGAUGAGUGGUACCCCGUCCAGUCUGGCGAUGCCAUCUGGAUGGCGCCAUAUGUGGUGCAAUGGUAUGCAGCUCUGGGUACACAGCCCAGCAGGUACAUCCUGUACAAGGACACCACUGUGGACCCAGGACUCUGAUAAGAGGGAGAGAUGCAUUCUUAUCUCUGUUGAGACCCCGCAACAGGUCCAGUUGAUGAUUCUGAAUAUUUAGUGGCAUGAGCAGCAUCUUGAUAGGAGGCAACUGCCCAGAAUUUCACAUGGUCUGAGACACUUGUACUACAAAGAAUUGAUGUGCGGAAACCCACACGCCAUGCACACUCGUGAACAGCCUUUGAGAGCACUGUCAGUCAAUACUUGUACCACUAUGCGGUUCUAUAUCAGUCCGAUUUGCGAGUUGCUCUUAUGUCUUUAAAGUUUGUUUGUCCUUUGAGUGAUGUUUGCUGCUAAUUAGGAGCCUCUGAGUGUGUUGCUUUCGGCCAGUUGCUCUUGUAACCACUGCAACUGCUGAACAUUGCGUCCUUUAAGCUCAAUUGCUCG